AUGGAGAAGUUUCGUCCCUCUCACAUUCUAGUUUUUGGUGCAACCGGUAAUGUCGGUAAAGCGAUUAUGGAUGCCCUUGUGAGUGCCAACCCGGCAUUCCCCAGGCUUUCCAUCUUUACUUCAAAGGAGACGGCUGUAAGCAAGCACGAUCUAAUCGAUGGCUGGAAAUCAUCUAGCGUGUCUGUCUUGCUGGGAGAUAUUAUGAACACUCAAGACAUUGAAGCGGCGUACCGCGAAGUGGAUACAGUCAUUAGUUGUCUUGGACGAGGCGCACUUGAGGCACAAAAGGAGCUUAUCCGACUGGCUGAAGCAUCUCCAACGGUGCGUUGGGUGAUUCCUUCAGAAUUCGGCACAGACCCAGAACAUAAUGAACUUAGUGCGCAAGAGAAACCGCACCAAAUGAAGCUAGCAAUCCGGAAGUUUAUCCGUGAAAACACAAAACAGCUAAAUGUGACCUACCUAAUCGUAGGGCCAUACUUUGAUAUGUGGAUUGACCAAUACAAGUGGAAGGAUGGAUUUGGCGGUAUUGACGUGGCAGAAAGGGAGGCAAUCUUGACUGGAGAUGGAGACACGAAGAUUGGGUUCACAACCUUGAAAGAUGCGGGAACGGCGGUCGUGGCAGCCUUGCGUCACCCAGAAGCGUCUCUGAAUGCGAUUUUGAGAGUCGCAUCCUUUGUCAAGACACCAAAUGAAGUUCUAAGCGAGUAUGAAAAGCAGCUUGGUGUCAAGUUCAGUGUCAAGAAUAUCUCACUAGCCGAUCAGGAGGCUGCGGAACGGAAGAUGUGGGAAGAAGAAAACCCCUGGGCGACAGUGGCUGCCUUGCGUCGUAUCUGGGCAACUGGCGGCGCCAUGUAUGAGCGGUUCUCGAAUGAGGAUAUUGGUUUGGGCGAUGGUGAAAUGGAGAGUCUUGAAAAAGCCGUUCGAAAGCAUAUCAACCUUUAUAAGUAA